GUUCCUAUGGACAGGACAAUGAACGAUGCUAAUCCUUGCUAAUCAAUAUUUUAGUGUUAUUCUAAAGGUUUUUGAAACUUCGGUCGCGUAAUUACAAAGCAGGGCUCAUUGAGGUUCAGACAUGGAGGUGCCUUGCUACCUGCCCAAACUGCUGUUCGAGCUCAAUGAGCAACGUAAGAGGGAUUUCUUCUGUGACUGCAGCAUCCUUGUUGAAGGCCGCGUCUUCAAGGCUCAUCGUAAUGUGUUGUUUGCUGGAAGCGGCUAUUUCCGGGCUCUUCUGGUUCACUAUCUGCAGGAUAGUGGACAGCGCUGCAGCACAGCAUCGUUGGACAUUGUGACAGCCGAUGCUUUCUCUAUCAUCCUGGACUUCCUCUACUCUGGCCGCUUGGCCCUGAACAGAAGCAAUGUGAUCGAGGUAAUGUCAGCUGGCAGCUACCUGCAGAUGACCGAUCUGGUCAACUUCUGUAAGGGCUACAUCCGCUCAUCUUUGGAAAUAUGCAACAAGGAGAAGAAGAGCAACGCAGAGAAGGAGAAGCAGACCCAGGAUGGGGGGCCGGGUCCUGCAGACAGCGGCACUCCUGCUGCGACCACUUCCAGUGGAGCAAGGGCUGGGGAGCCUCAUUCUCAGGCUGGAGAUUCGGAUAGAGGAACAGAGUCUGGGACCUCAGCUAGAACCCCCUUGUCUAUCCCCGUCAACACAACUCCUGGCCCCAACAGAGACAUGGACAGGGACUACCACUCUACGGAAGAAUUUGCAUCUGUUAAUGAAGGACAGAAGGGACAAAUGGAUCAGUCUAACCUCUCAUCUUCUUCAUCGUCUGCUUUGACCCCUGAGUUAGUGAACCCUAAGAUAGAGUAUGACCCCGAUGAGGAUCUUAUGGAGUCCCCUGACUCCAAAGACCUGUCGUCAUAUCCCGGGCACUCUCUCCAUAACCCUCAUAAUAGCAGACUACUUCCUCCCUCUCCCUCCAAUGAGCGCUCCCCCUCAGGAUACAGCCCCUCCUAUAAUGCCAGGCAGCUCAUGGAGAUGCUGGCCAGAGGGGAAGGCCAAAGUCCUCAGGGGGAGAGAGGGGGGAAGCGUUUUACCCAAGGAAUGGGUAGCAGCACAGGAGGAUGCAGAAUGGACGAAAGUUUAGGGUUUGUGGGGUCAUCUAUCAUGGAGAUCCAGUCUGAUUGGCUUGGAGAGGACACAGGUGAUGGUUUGGUAGUGCCAGUCAAACUCCACAAGUGCCCAUUCUGUCCGUACACUGCCAAGCAGAAAGGAAUCAUGAAGAGACACAUCCGCUGCCACACAGGAGAGAGACCCUUCCCCUGUCCCAUGUGUGGCAAGAGGUUCACAAGACAGGAGCACCUUCGCAGCCAUGCCCUCAGUGUCCACAGACACUACUGGCCGGUGUCCUGUAAGAGCUGCAGGCGAACCUUCACUGGAUCAAGCGUUUCUUCUGGGCUCCGGCGCUUCGGCCUCUGUGACAGCUGCAACUGUGUGACCACCACACACGAUGACUCUGCUCACCCUGGCCAAUCAGAGCCCAUGGAGCGUGCAGACGGGGGUCCAGAUUGGUCCAGUUUUAUGGACGACGUAGAUGAGGUGGAGGUUGGCAGAGUGGAGGACUUGGUGGAGAAACAGAUUCUUGAAAGGCAGCUGGCUGUCUGCUCUGCACUUGGUGUAGGUGACACAGUAGCCUCAUCCCAAUACCCCUCCUCGACUCCUCUCUUCCCCUCCUCCGGGACUUGACCCGGAAAUCGAUCAAGACACGCCAUUUUGAAGG